AUGGCUAGUCCGCCAGUUCUAGCUUUCGAUGCCGAGGGCCGUCCAGUGAAGUUCGACACCUGGCUCGAUGACCUACACCUGUUCCUACAGCUCACUGCCAAGGAAGAUAUCUCACUGUACGACCAUGCCCUAGGCCAUGCCACUGCCCCUGACUCGUCUGCUGACAGCACUCUGCGUUCCCAGUGGCAGACCCGUGAUGCGCACGCUCGCUUUGCUAUUCGCAACUCCCUGCCGCUAGACGAGCGCGAGCACUUCGGCCAGUGCAAGACUGCUAAGGACCUCUACACCGCUGUAGUUGCCCGCUACUCCUCACCCGCUUCUGCCACGCUAGGCCGCCUCACUCUCCCCUACCUGUUCCCCGACCUAGCCUCCUUUCACACUGUCGCAGACCUCAUCACCCACCUUAAGACUAGUGAGGCCCGCUUUCGCGCUGCUAUGCCUGCCGAGGACCACUUCCUCUCUCGCUCCCCCACUGAGCUCACUGUUGCCCUCCUCGAGAAGGAACUGCUUGCAGCUGAGGCGAGCAUCGUCGCUGUAGGCACCUCUCGUGGCGACCCCCGCACCCCGUUCUUUGAGGGGUGUUCCCCUUCCCCCCUCCUCCCCUCUGUCGCCUCUGCUGCUGCUGUCGACCUUCUUGGUGCUGAGAAGGUCGGGACCGCGUCUGCUUCGAGCGGGCGCCGCAGGAACAAGGGGGGCAGGGGUGGGGGUGGUGGCGGAGGAGGUGGGGGUGGAGGCGGUGGGAGUGGAGGCGCGGCUGGGGAGACUAGUGGCGGCAGUGGGGGAGGAGACAGCAGCGGUGGGAGUGGUGGUGGAGGCGGCAGCGGAGGCGGAGGUGGUCGUGGCGGCGGCAGGGGUGGAGGUGGCCGGGGCGGCGGCGGUGGGGGUGGUGGUCGUGGAGGCACUGGCGGAGGGCAGAGUCAGCAGCCCGCCCCGACGCUUCAGGCCGCCCGUGAGUGGUAUGCGCAGCGUAGCGUUACCUGCACGUACGUCAUUCGCACAGGUGACCGCAGCGGCCAGCAGUGUGGGAGGCCGCACCCCACGCAGCGCUGCUUCGCGCGCCUUAACGACGCGUGGCGCACCCAGUUUCCUGCUGCCACUGAGCUGCCGCGCUGGGCUGAUCUGGAAAAGAGGGGUGUUGAUAUUUGGGCUUUAGACUUUGAUGCUAUUCUCACUGCCAUGUAUGCGAUGUCUAUUAGUGGAGAGGGUGCUCAGUACUUGCGUGUUCCGCCCGACCCGGGCAUUCAGGCCAGUCCGGCUGCCGCUCUAGGUGCUAGUGCGUCUGCUCCCACAGGUCCUGGUGAGGCUGCUGCCCUAGGUGCUCGUGCGUCCGUGCCCCCUGGUACUGAGUCGACUGCAGCACUGCACACCUUCACACUGGACUCAGGUGCUUCUCGCUCCUUCUUUCGUGACCGCACUGUCCUUGAGCCACUCGCUCGGCCAGUUGCUGUCUCCCUUGCUGACCCCUCUGGGGGUCCGUGCGCUACAGGACGGGGGGAGGACGGGGGUGUUCACCAGUUCACCCCUGCCUACGAGCGCGUGACACACUGCACGUGUGCUCGGACGGGUCGCCACCUGGCUACCUUCACUCGGGAGCCGGGGUCGGACCUUUACACACUGACCACUGAGUCCCCUCAGGUAGCUACGUCUGCGUCUGCGUCUGCGUCAGGUCAGCUGUCCGCCCCCUGCUCGUGUCGCUCUCUGGCGCAUGAGACUGUCCUUUGGCACCACCGCCUUGGUCACCCGUCUGUGCAGCGCCUUCGGGCCAUGCACAAACGGGACCUUGUUGCUGGUCUUCCCAGGGUGCUCCCUCCCCUUCCCGACUCGCCUGCUCCUCCCUGUAUUCCCUGUGUCGAGGGACGGCAGCGCGCCGCUCCUCACUCCUCCUCCUUUCCCCCGACGACUGCUCCCUUGCAGACGCUCCACAUGGACGUAUGGGGCCCAGCCCGAGUCCGUGGUCAGGGUCAGGAGAGGUACUUCCUGAUUGUUGUUGACGACUUCUCGCGCUACACCACGGUCUUCCCCUUGCGCGCCAAGGGUGACGUCCCUGAUGUCUUGAUCCCUUGGAUCCGUAGAUCUCGUCUCCAGCUCAGUGAGCGUUUCCGCUCCGACUUCCCUGUCCUGCGUCUGCACUCUGACAGAGGUGGGGAGUUUUCCUCUGGCCUAUUGGAGGCCUUCUGUCAGCAGGAGGGCAUUGAGCAGUCGUACACGCUUCCGGCCUCUCCACAGCAGAAUGGGGUUGCUGAGCGCCGCAUUGGUCUGGUCAUGGAGGUCGCUCGUACCUCCUUGAGCCAUGCGGCUGCCCCCCAUUUUCUGUGGCCGUUUGCAGUCCGAUACGCUGCACAUCAGCUCAACCUCUGGCCCCGUGUCUCCUUGCCCGAGACUUCUCCGACACUGCGUUGGACGGGAGAGGCUGGCGAUGCGUCGCGUUUUCGGGUCUGGGGAUCCCGAGCUUUUGUCCGCGACACGUCCGCGGACAAGCUCUCCCGUCGCGCUGUCCCCUGCGUCUUCCUUGGCUUUGUCCCAGACGCCCCUGGCUGGCAGUUCUACCACCCCACCUCGCGUCGUGUCCUGGCCUCUCAGGACGUCACUUUUGACGAGUCCGUCCCCUACUACCGCCUCUUCCCCUACCGCACUGCCCCGCUCCCCCCCCCGCCUCUCUUCCUCGCUCCAGGUGCUGAGGUACCAGACCCCCUCCCCCCUCAGGGUGCCGCUCCCUCAGGUGUGUCCCAGGUAGACCCGGGUGAGCCUGUCGAGGUAGCUGUUGACUCUCGUCCUGCUCGGGGUGCUGAGCCUGGGGGUGCUGCGUCUGGGGGUGCUGAGCCUGGGGGUGCUGCGUCUGGGGGUGCUGAGCCUGGGGGUGCUGAGUCUGGGGGUGCGGAGCCUGGGGGUGCUGAGCCUGGAGGUGCGGAGCCUGGAGGUGCGGAGCCUGGCGGUGCUGAGCCUGGGGGUGCUGAGUCUGGGGGUGCUGAGUCUGGGGGUGCUGAGCCUGAGUGUGCUACACCUGGAGGAGCCCUCUCCUCCCAGCAGCUGCAGGAGAGGUACCUCGAGUACUGCCGCCUUCGGAGAGGUGCUGCUGGAGCUCGUCCCGGUACUUCCCCUCCUACCCAGGAGCUCCCCCCCAUUCAGCAGAUCCGCGAGUGGUACACACGGCGCUGCAGUCUUCGGAGUGGUGCUCCUGGUGCUGCGGACCCUGGGGGUGGAGCUGCUGCUGGUGCUGAGGAGCCGCCUGGUGGAGCUGCUGCUGGUGCUGAGGACUCGGACGUUGGAGCUGCUGCUGGAGCUGAGGACCAGGACGGUGGCGCUGCUACUGGUGCUGAGGACCCGGGCGGUGGAGCUGCUGCUGGUGCUGAGGACCUGAGCGGUGGAGCUGCUGCUGGUGCUGAGGACCCGGCCGGUGGAGCUGCUGCUGGUGCUGUGGACCCGGACGCUGGAGCUCCUACUGGUACUGAGGACCCGGCCGCUGGAGUCUCUUCUGCUUCUGGAGACGCUGCGCGGCCGCGACCGUACUUCGUACCGCUCCUUCAGCAGGUUCUUGGGCAGGCUCCUCCUCCUUGUCCUCCUCCCUCCGUAGAGUGUCCUCCGCCUGUCCAGCCGCAGUCACAGUUACUGCCUACCUCGCCUCUCCCUGCUCCCUCUCCUUACACUGGUCCCACAGGAGGCCUUACAGAGCGUCGUGAGCCUGAGUCUCGUCCUGCGUCGCCUGUUCGUCCUGCUCGCACUGGUAGUCAUGUCCGUCGUGAGCGUCCUCCUCCUGUCCCAGGCACUCACUACAUGACUCUGCGUCCCUCUACUGCUCCUCAGCGUGUCCCUCUACCGUCUCCUCCUGCGUCCUCUUUGCCUGACGUUCCGGACCCUGAGUCUGACCGGUAUCGUGCUGAGCACCCUACUGUCACGCGUCUCCUUGCUACUGUUGUCACUGACCCUACCUUUGAGUCCUCGACUGCGUCUGCUCUGGUCGCUGAGUUGGUUGACUUUGCUGCUGCCUGUCGUCUAGACUACGCUGCCAGCCUUGUUGCUGAGUCUGAGUCUGAGUCUGUCUGUCCUCCGUCCGUCGGGGGUGAGUGUGCUCUUGGCACGGACGUCCUUGAGGACAGACAGGAGGAGUUCCAGUGUCUUGCUGCUGCUUUGCCCUGUCUCGUGUCCUUGCUAGUUGCCCCUGAGGGAGACCCGGAUGCACCAGACAUCCCGACCCCGCGCACUUACGCUGAGGCGAUGGCGGGUCCCUACUCCUCUCAGUGGCAGACAGCCAUGGACGCCGAGAUGGCUUCCUGGAAGUCCACACGCACCUACGUCGACGAGGUUCCCCCUCCUGGGGCGAACAUCGUCAGUGGCAUGUGGAUUUUCAGGGUGAAGCGGCCGCCGGUUUCUCCACCUGUCUUCAAGGCGCGUUACGUGGCUCGAGGCUUCAGUCAGCGAGAGGGAGUUGACUUCUUCCAGACCUUCUCCCCCACCCCGAAGAUGACUACUCUUCGGGUGCUGCUGCACAUAGCCGCUCACCGCGACUACGAGCUUCACUCACUUGACUUCAGCACUGCUUUCUUGCAGGGCAGCCUGCACGAGGAGAUCUGGCUGCGCCGCCCACCUGGCUUCACUGGGUCGGUUCCUCCUGGUACCCAGUGGAGGCUUCAGUGGCCGGUCUACAGUCUCCGCCAGGCUCCGCGUGAGUGGCACGACACACUGAGUUCUACACUUGCGGCUCUUGGGUUCGCGCCUUCUACAGCUGACCCGUCGCUGUUCCUGCGCACUGACACUUCGCUGCCGCCGUUCUACAUCCUCGUGUACGUCGACGACUUGGUCUUUGCCACUGCUGACACUGCAGGACUCGCCUACGUGAAGUCGGAGCUGCAGAAGAGACACACGUGCACAGACCUGGGUGAGCUGACAAGCUAUCUUGGCUUGCGGAUCACCCGGGACAGAGCACGGCGCACCAUCACCCUGACUCAGUCACACAUGGUGCAGCAGGUUCUCCAGCGCUUCCGCUUCACGUACUCCUCGCCUCAGUCCACUCCUCUGCCUACCGGUCACUCGCUCUCAGCUCUGCCUUCGGAUGAGUCCGUAGAGCCGAGUGGCCCGUAUCCAGAGCUUGUGGGCUGCCUCAUGUACCUGAUGACCUGCACUCGACCUGACCUUGCAUACCCUCUUAGCAUCCUUGCACGCUAUGUCGCUCCUGGCCAUCACAGGAAGGAGCACAUGGAUGCCGCUAAGAGGGUGUUGCGCUACUUGUGCAGUACGUCGGGCAUGGGGCUUGUGCUUGGAGGGCGAGACCGAGUUGUUCUCACAGGGCACUCAGACGCUUCUUGGGCAGACGACCAGGCCACUCAGCGGUCGUCUCAGGGUUACACCUUCAGCCUUGGCUCUGGCUCAGUUUCUUGGCGCUCUACACGCUCUUCUUCUGUUCUCGGCUCCAGUUGCGAGGCUGAGAUCUACGCUACAGCCAUGGCUGCCCAGGAGUUACGCUGGCUGACCUACCUGCUGACCGACCUCGGAGAGCGGCCUCGUUCUCCUCCAGUACUGUACGUCGACAACAAGGCUGCCAUUGCCUUGUGUGAGGAGCACAGACUGGAGCACAGAACGAAGCACAUCGCCCUGCGGUACUUCCUUGCUCGAGAGCUGCAGCAGCGCGGUCAGCUUUGUAUUCGCUAUGUGGCCACUGAGGCCAACACUGCUGAUGUGUUCACCAAGGCGCUUCAGCCUCGUGACCAUCAGCGCUUCUGCACUCUACUAGGUCUUGUGCCUACUGGACCUCACUUGCUUACCUCUUGA